UCCCGCAGCUUGCGGCUGCAGAACAAUGGGAGCUGUACCCUUCAAGGCUUGCAAUUCACCAAGCUCAACGUCUUCGGCCUGAAUCGAGAAAGCUUGGCCUCUCCGAUUGACAAUGCUUGGCUUGGGCGCGAUGGAAGAUGAAGUGAGCCAAGAGGCCGAGCCUUUUCUGGACACAGAAGCCUUCCCACACUUUGCUGCGCUGCUGGCUGCAAGUGGAGACUAUGCGCGUUGCAGUGGCUGCCGUUUUCGAAAAGCUUCCUUCAGUGACUUGCCCGAAGGAAACGAGCCUCUGGAGGGGCGAGUGGCCGCGAAAGUGAAGGCGGCACCUCUUAUAAAGGAGUUUCUGGAAAAAGUGGAACGUCACACAGACGAUGCCCUGUCCGAGGAGCUGAACAAAGCCUUCAACAUCUUGUGGGCCGAGAGCAUGCGAAGCUCCAUGGCUGCCAGGUGCCAGCAACUUGAACUAUGGCCCCCUUGCCCGCCACCUCCUGGCAUUGAUGACUUGGACACCGAUUAUGCCAAGGAUACUACGUGUUUGUUGGCCAUGGCGCAGCGCUUGUACAAUCAAGACCGCCUACGAAAAGAGUCUCACACCAGGCGCCUAUCCACCGCAUCCUUCCUGGCGGACUUCGCCUUCGAAGCUGGGCUGCCUACGCCGCCCUUCUUCGGAUGCCGAGAUCCUGCCAUGGAAAAGUUCGAGGCCUUGGCGGACGACUACGAGCUGAAGAGCAACGUAGCGCCCGGCCGGCCUCGGGUUUGGUGGUUGCCGUGGAAUCUGAUCGUAGAUGCUGGCUGCUUCCUGAUCGACAUGUUCUCGAAGGUGCUACGCCCUUUGCGGGACAACUACUGCACCUCUCGCACUAAGAAGCUGGAGUGAGACGCACGCUGCAAAGCCAAGAUUAAGACAUCCCCAGUGGAUCCCAGUGACAUCCAGU